GUCACAAAGGUGACUAAAGUCAGUUCUCUCUCCUCAGGGCAUACAGUCGCUGCUUUAUGCGGACAAGUACAAGCGGGUACAAAGGCCCUGCUAUUCCUACCUUAUUUCAUUAGGAUUGAUCGGACAAUUGAACAGGGCAAUGGAGCAGAAAUAUCCACACUUCACUUUGAGGACCGUGUUGAGCUUUCUGCUUGUGUUUUUGCUUCACAGAUCAACUCAACAGAGUAAGUAUUAAACUGAAAUGAUUAUUGGACAUUGACAGGGACACAGCUUCAGGGUCUGCAGCUUUUGUAAUAUGUUGCAGAUUGGUUGUCCAAUUUUGUUUUUUACACUUUGAAUUCUGAAUUUUAAUUUUGGACUUUUUCCCAAAUACAUCUCACUUCUGAGAAAAUAUAGCAUUUUCUCAGUCCUUUAAUCACCAGUGAAACUAAGGCUAUACAUGUAUUACUUGUAUUUUAUUGUUAUUUUAUUUCACAAACAGUAAGGCUACCCACUGGGCACAAACUGGUUAAAUCAAUGUUGUUUCAACAUAAUUUGUCAACAUAUUGUGACGUGGAAUCUACGUGGGAAAUACUUUGGAGUUGAAAAAAGUAAAAACUGUUGAUUUAAGGGUACAAUUUCUACCACAGGAUCAUGUCAUCAUGGUAACGAAUUUUCAACAAAGACAAACUUUAUAUGAAAUAGGUUUAAUUUUUACAUUUGAAACAACGUCAGAUCUUCAACGUAACAUCCACUGUAAGAAAAAAACAAUAGGCUGGGCAGCACCUCCUACUGGAGAGUUGAUCAAUCUACAGCUAUCCAGAGUUUUAACCAAGUUUUAGCCCAUCCAGAGUUUUAACCCAGCUUAGCUUUGAUAUUUGUCACUGACCAUAACCAAUGUGCUAUCGUGAGAAUGAUUGCUGAGAAAUCUCGACUUAAUAGAUUCACUGUUGCUAUCGAAGUAAUUCCAAAGGUUAGGCUCAACAGUGGUGCCGAGCUCCCUGCCAUCCAGGACCUCUAUACCAGGCAGUGUCAGAGGAAGGCCCUAAAAAUGGUAAAAUACUCCAUCACCCAAGUCACAGUCUGUUCUCUCUGCUACCGAACUGCAAGUGGCACUGGAGCGCCAAGUCUGGGACCAACAGGCUCCUGAACAGCUUCUACCCCAAAGCCAUAAGACUUCUGAACAGUUAAUUAAACGUCUACCCAGACUUUCUGCUUUUCACCCCUACCUACAGUACAUAGUACUUCAAUCACCUAACCAAACCUACAUGUACAUUUUAACUUUAUCAAUCACCCCAACUACCUCGUACCCCAGUACACUGACUUGGUACCGAUAGUCCUUGUAUAUAGCCUGUAUAUAGCCUCGUUAUUGUUAUUUUAUUGUGUUACUAUAUUAUUUGAUCUAUUUGUUAAGUUUCUACUUUUUAACUGCAUUGUUGGGAAAGGGCUCGUAAGUAAGCAUUUCACUGUAAAGUCUAACACUUUUAUUUGAACAGAGCAAUGAAAUGUAACCAUACUUUAUCAAUCACAUAUUUGGGAAAUCAUCAACAGCUAUUGUUUAAAUUCAGCCCAGGAUUAAACUAAAAAUAGAAAAUACAUAUAGGCCUAUGGUUUCAAGCUUUGGUUGAUUUCAAAUGGAAUCUACAAGUUAAUAAUAAAUAUGUUGGAUUCACAUCUCCAUCUCAACCAAAAAUGUAUGUUAAAGAAUAGGAUGAAAUCAAAUCAAACUGUAUUUAAAGUGCAUUUAAAGUUCAAUUUGAUUUGAUUUAGUUAUAUUCUUUAACUUAGAUUUUUUGGUUAAAAUGAAGACGUGAAUCCAACAUAUCAAUUAUUAAUUUGUAGACAAACUGGAAUUAAAGGCAGACUCAGAUUCACAGAUGGAGCUAUCCAAGCAGAAGAAACAUCUCCUUCAAAUGUUGAUAUUUGGUUGCGUUGACAACCAAACACAAUUCAGUAUCACUUUUGCAAUACAGUAAAUAGCCUUUUACAUUUUCUACAGGUUAACAAAUGAUUGUUGGAUUCAUGUCUCCAUCUCAACCUAAAAUAAAAGUUAAAGAAAUAAAAUAAUAGGAUUAAGCCAGUGGCUCAGAUCUAACUGUCCAAGCAGUAGAUAUCUCCUUUAAAUGUUGAUAUUUGGUUCAAUUGUGUUUGGUUGCGUUGUCAACCAAACACAAUUCAAUAUUACUUUUGUAAGACAGUAAAUAGCCUAAUGUUAAGGAUAUCUUAAAAACGAAUGUAACAGUAUUUAUUCAACCUAAAAUGAGUAACACAUCCAUGGCCACAUUUUGAGUUUACUGUAAAAAUAAACGUCUUCUUAUGUAGAAAGCAUGCAUGUUCAGAAUCGUAGGUCUGUGGAAAUCUUCACAAUUGCUGUAAUAAUCUGCACAGAAUCUCAAACGGCAUUGAUCACUUGCACUAUGUACUUUAAUAUAAUCUCAACUGCAAUCCAGGUCAUUUGGUUGUGCUAUUAGAUUAAGCACAUUAAGUUGUUGUAUAAAUACAAAAGAUCUGACAUUGUAUUACCGUUUUAACUUUGUUGUGCUUUUAAAUGGUUGAAAGUGCUGUGAUAACACAUUGAGAAUUCAACAAACUUUGGACUGUCUUUUUGAGUGUGUGAAAAUAGGUUGGAAUCUCAAUCAUCAAUGUAUCUACCAAAUAUUACCAAAUUCUCCAUGUUGAAAUGACGUGGUGUGCCCAGUGGGAUAAUAUCCAUAGAGUUCAAACACAUUUUGCUUGAAUUAUACUUUCAUUGAAAACAGACAAUUAUUGAAUGUAAUGUUAUAUCAUUUGUGUACUGUUCAUUCAUUGUCAAACCUCUUUUCUCUCUUCCAUUGCAGUAUGCUCCGUGCCUGGGAAUAUUUUCACUAUUACAGAGAACAAUGAUGUUGGUGCUUUUGUGACCACAAUCACCACAGAAGUUGGAGUGAUCCUAACUAUUACCAGUAAUCCUGCAGACUCUUUCGGUCUGAGUGGCAACAAUCUUAUAGUGGUAAAAGUUAUGGACUAUGAGGUAUGCUAUAACUGUUUAGCAUGAAUAUGUUUUCAUCUUGGAUCUAGAUUAAGCUACGGAAGGCACAUGCAUUGUUGGGUACACUUACAGUGGGGAAAAAAAGUAUUUAGUCAGCCACCAAUUGUGCAAGUUCUCCCACUUAAAAAGAUGAGAGAGGCCUGUAAUUUUCAUCAUAGGUACACGUCAACUAUGACAGACAAAAUGAGAAUUUCUUUUCCAGAAAAUCACAUUGUAGGAUUUUUAAUGAAUUUAUUUGCAAAUUAUGGUGGAAAAUAAGUAUUUGGUCAAUAACAAAAGUUUCUCAAUACUUUGUUAUAUACCCUUUGUUGGCAAUGACACAGGUCAAACGUUUUCUGUAAGUCUUCACAAGGUUUUCACACACUGUUGCUGGUAUUUUGGCCCAUUCCUCCAUGCAGAUCUCCUCUCGAGCAGUGAUGUUUUGGGGCUGUCGCUGGGCAACACGGACUUUCAACUCCCUCCAAAGAUUUUCUAUGGGGUUGAGAUCUGGAGACUGGCUAGGCCACUCCAGGACCUUGAAAUGCUUCUUACGAAGCCACUCCUUCGUUGCCCAGGCGGUGUGUUUGGGAUCAUUGUCAUGCUGAAAGACCCAGCCACGUUUCAUCUUCAAUGCCCUUACUGAUGGAAGGAGGUUUUCACUCAAAAUCUCACGAUACAUGGCCCCAUUCAUUCUUUCCUUUACACGGAUCAGUCGUCCUGGUCCCUUUGCAGAAAAACAGCCCCAAAGCAUGAUGUUUCCACCCCCAUGCUUCACAGUAGGUAUGGUGUUCUUUGGAUGCAACUCAGCAUUCUUUGUCCUCCAAACACGACGAGUUGAGUUUUUACCAAAAAGUUAUAUUUUGGUUUCAUCUGACCAUAUGACAUUCUCCCAAUCCUCUUCUGGAUCAUCCAAAUGCACUCUAGCAAACUUCAGACGGGCCUGGACAUGUACUGGCUUAAGCAGGGGGACACGUCUGGCACUGCAGGAUUUGAGUCCCUGGCGGCGUAGUGUGUUACUGAUGGUAGGCUUUGUUACUUUGGUCCCAGCUCUCUGCAGGUCAUUCACUAGGUACCCCCGCGUGGUUCUGGGAUUUUUGCUCACCGUUCUUGUGAUCAUUUUGACCCCACGGGGUGAGAUCUUGCGUGGAGCCCCAGAUCGAGGGAGAUUAUCAGUGGUCUGGUAUGUCUUCCAUUUCCUAAUAAUUGCUCCCACAGUUGAUUUAUUCAAACCAAGCUGCUUACCUAUUGCAGAUUCAGUCUUCCCAGCCUGGGCAGUUUUGUUUCUGGUGUCCUUUGACAGCUCUUUGGUCUUGGCCAUAGUGGAGUUUGGAGUGUGACUGUUUGAGGUUGUGGACAGGUGUCUUUUAUACUGAUAACAAGUUCAAACAGGUGCCAUUAAUACAGGUAACGAGUGGAGGACAGAGGAGCCCCUUAAAGAAGAAGAUACAGGUCUGUGAGAGCCAGAAAUCUUGCUUGUUUGUAGGUGACCAAAUACUUAUUUUCCACCAUAAUUUGCAAAUAAAAUUCAUUAAAAAUCCUACAAUGUGAUUUUCUUGAUUUUUUUUUCUCAAUUUGUCUGUCAUAGUUGACGUGUACCUAUGAUGAAAAUUACAGGCCUCUCUCAUCUUUUUAAGUGGGAGAACUUGCACAAUUGGUGGCUGACUAAAUACUUUUUUUCCCCACUGUAAUUCCCUUGGCUCUGCUGGUGCCUUUUCCACAUGAAUUAACCCUUUAUUUUCUUGCAGUUGAUUAUGAAUAUAGUCAAUUGUAUAAUGCAGAUGAGACGUUGAUGUGUAAUUUUGUUUAUUUCACAGACUACCACGUCUUUCACCGUUGACCUUCAAUGCAGAAAAGGUGACCAAGUUGUAAGUGCACUUUCUUGUACUUUUAAACAUCCAUACAUUAUGUGAGUGGCUACAGUAUGGGCAAUCUGGACCAAUAAAUAAAUAAUUAAAAAAAGCAAUUACAAUAAAAAGUUAUGCCCGUUAUACAAUGAUCAACAUUGUAAUAAAAAUUAUUUUGAUUUGAGAUGUAUUCAGUCAUAACUGCGUUUGUUAUUUACUUGUGUAUGGUCAUUUUAUGGAAUACACAUACACCUCCACUGUACAUUUUGUUAACCAUCAAAGUGUAAAUGGAGCAAUAUUCCAAACUGCAUUCCAUGACAUUUUCACAUGCAAAUAGCACUUGAUUUCUAUGAUACAGUAUAUCUGUAGUGCUCAAGGGACAACAUUCCAUUAGAGCAAAAUGACUUGGGAAAUAUAUAUUUAAAUCUACUGUGACCUUUUUUUAGGUAAAACUCUUAAAUAUCAUUAGAUUUAUGACAGAUGGCAUGCAGUGUUAAACGUAAGUUAAACCUAAUUUUACUUCUAUGGAGUCAGUAAUUCAAAUGUGAUCUUCAUUCCAGCUCCCUUUACCAAUAGUGGUACUUAUUGAGAAUGUGAAUGACAACCCGCCAGUAUUUACAGAAAGCCAGUACACUCUCAAUGUCAAUGAGGUGAGUGCAUAUUUGUGACUCUCAUUCUUUCCUAGUUAGUUUACUUCAUUAUCAGUCAUAGGGAAGUUAGGAUCACGUUUUUAACUAGUCAGUCAAACAGUCAAGCAGAUUAACAGUCUAGCAGUUUUUAUACUAGCCAUGAGUACUUUGCUAUAUUUCUAGAAUCCUGUUAAGGUUCCAUAGUAGAAUGUCUGAUUCCAUUUACUGUAAACACAAAACAUCUACUCAUAGGACAGCGACAGUAAUUAAUACUAUACGUGUUAUUUUCUUUGGACCAGUUGUCACCUGUAGGCACAAGUGUCGGUGCAUUUGUAGCAGUAGACGCAGAUGAUCAUCAACUCUAUUACCGCCUAAUGCCAGAUACAGUAAGUCUCCAUCCUCAUCCUGUCUAAAUAUGAAAGCGAAUACUAAAAGAAAAUGCUCCUCUCAGCCAUACAUAACUUAUCUAAAAUAAAAUAAUGUCCUUUUAAAUUCUAACAGGCGGGUUUUAGACUGCAAGAUAACAGCCCAAAUAUACUAGUGCAACAAGUUCUCGACUACGACACAGUGAAAAUGGUGACACUUACAUUAUUUGCUCAGGUGAGUGCUGGUUGUGUUUUUCUAGUUCUUGUAAUAAAAGUGACUGAUUGUUUGGGGCUGUGGAAUAAGAAACUGUAUUGGUUGAAAUCAUCAUCUAUCUGACUGCAUCCAAGCUUUUGAUCUUCACCUAGUCCUUUGUUGUGUUUUUUUUAGGAUACCCCAACACCCACACCACCUUCAUUUACUGCCACAGCCACUAUCCAUGUCAACAUCUUGGACAUUGACAACCGUCCACCAUGGUUCCAGCCCUGCACAGAAACUACAGUUGGCUUGUCCAAAAUCUGCCUCAGCUCAGGUUAUACAGGAAAAGUCAACCUAACAGAGCAAGAGGUGCGUCCAUCCAUCUCCCCUCAAAAAACAACAACGUUGUUAUAAUCUUAUAAUACAUCUGACUAAUAUUCACAAUCUACUCAGUACGGCUAGCCAUCAUUAUGUGUUUAUCUUAGCCUAUGACAUUGUUGGAUUGUAAUAGUAGUAACAGUAGCCACAGUAGGUAAUGCAAAGUCUCAUUUACGUCCCAGGUUGGUGCAUUGCCAUUGCAGCCAGGUCCGGUGCGUGCCAUUGAUGGUGACAAAGGCUUAAAUGUGCCGAUAAUGUACAGUUUUCUAACUGGUAAGCAGCAUAAAUAUUCAACAUUUUACAUGUACAUGCUCUCAGAUGUUGGCUCUCAGAAAUAUCAUGAUCAUUGAUACUGGCAGACUCGGCCAUCAUUCACAAUGCAAAUAUCUCACCUAUAGGCCUGGCCAACAACACUUUUCUUCUCCAAUGAAAAUACCCCUACUUACAGGACUCUCACAUUUCUCUUUUUCUCUUUUUAAGAGAAUGGCAUAUUUGAUAUCAAUCAAAACACUGGGGAGAUCACCAUGUUGAAAGCGGCGGAUGUAGCGGGUCCAUUGACCUUAACAGUUUUGGUAAUUAAACGUUUAUCUGAAAUAGUUCAUAAAUCCAUAAUGUCCAUAUAGACCUCUGCCAACCAUAUAGUCUAUACACGCUUAGAAAAAAAGGUGCCAUCUAGAAUCGAAAAGGGUUCUUCGGUUGUCCCCAUAGGAGAACCCUUUUGAAGAACCCCUUUUGGUUCCAGGUGGAACCCUUUUGGGUUCCCUGUAGAACCCUUUCCACAGAGGGUUCUACAUGGAACCCAAAAGAGUUCUACCUGGAACCAAAAAGGUACCCUUGGAAUCCUUUUUUCUAAGAGUGUGUAGUUAAUAACCUCUUAUUGCAAUUAAUAGAAUUAUGCAGUUGACAUCACAUGGGAAUGUUUUUGCGGCACAGAUACAAUCAGCGAUAGAAAAUGUUGACUCGGUUCUUAUUCUCAGGCUUUACAGACGUCCAACAGCGACCAGUUCGCGACCACAACGGUCACGAUCGUUGUUGUGACCAAGAGUGUGAACCCGCCGCGGUUUGAGAAGACGGAGUACGAGGGCUUCAUCUCUGCAGACGCGGGCAUAGACAGCAUGGUUCUGGAGAGCAAAGCCUCCAACAGGCCACUCAGGGUCCAGGCCAAGGACAAAGACUUUGCUGAUGUAAGGUCUAUCGGAUUCCCUUGUGGCGGUAGCAGUGAACACACAUGCACAUUUAAAGUACAGAUCUUGUGAUUUCAUUUUUAAAGAGACUAAAUAUGCUACAGAUGAUAUUGAUAUUGAUCACACUAACUCUGAAUAUGAUCUUUAGUGGUCUUACAUUUCCCAUUACAGGGACCUUAUUGCACCUAUCUAACGGUAUGGCUAACCAAUCCUUCUCUACAGGGCUUCAACCCUGAUGUGAGAUACGAGGUUCAGGAAAGCCGUGGUUUCUCUAUUACCCCGCAAGGCUUCAUCCUCAUGGCUCAAAACCUUGAGCCAGGCCAUGUUUCCUUGCAGGUGAGUGUAUCCUGUUCCCUUUAAGACAAAACAACAACCUCCAAAUAAACUGGAAGAAAGUCUACUGUAGGUGUUUGAGUGAGACAUAAAAAAAAAAACGUCUUGUACUUAGAGUUUCAAUGUUGAACUUUUUAUCUGUUUGCUCAGUUGCGUGCCAUCGACUCAUUCAAUGCAGAAUCAACUACAGCAACUCUCACGGUGGAGAUCAUGCCAGGUAAAACCCAUUAAAUGUAGCUAAUAUAUUUACAUAGUUAUAAAUAAUGCUGGUUGCCCAUUACCCUCCCUGCUCUCCCUUAAUUACUCGCAAAUCACGUGCUAUUGCACGCACUAUGUCUUUCUCCAUGCUAUGCUAUUGCUAACCCUGGUGAGGGACAGGGAUGGUGAGGGGGUCCAUGCUGAACAGCUGCUGACACUGCUCUCCUCCCAGGGAUUACAACCAUGGCCCCAACCACCACUGACAUGGCCACCACUGACAUGGCCACCACUGACAUGGCUACCACUGACAUGGCCACUACUGAAAUGGCCACCACUGAAAUGGCCACUACUGAAAUGGUCACCACUGAAAUGGCCACCACUGAAAUGGCUACCACUGAAAUGGCUACUGCCACCCCUGCCACCAUCAACUCCACAACAGGUACCCACAUGGAAAAAUACUACAGUUUACUAUAGAAUAUUAUAGUAUUUACUGUAGGAUUCUCUAGUAAACUGUAGUAAAAGGUAGUAUACUGUAGAAUACUAUACUCCACACUGUAGUAUCCCUCGAUCAUGUGUAGUGCUUACUUUAUAAUGUAGCAGUAUAUUGGAGAAUACGAUAGUAAAUACUACAGUAUUAUCCACAUAAAAACACUAUAGUUAUAAAGUAAUGUAAAGUACACAAAAACACGAAAAUGUCUGCAAAAACACUAUAGUUUUUAACUAUAGUAAUACUACAGUAUUUAAUGUGCUUAUACCCCACCCAUUCCUAUCUCCCGUAUCCCAAUUUGUGCCACCCAUGAGUGAGAAACCUACAUGCCAAGUAUAGGCAACAUAUUGUGUUCCCUACAGGUUACAUGGAAACACCUCUGUCAAUCAUGCUCCAGAUGUCAAAGCCAGACUGAUACAAACUCAACCUCACACAACAUCAACAUACCUCACUUAUAAACACAACAUAACCCUAAUUAACAUAUACCCUAUCCCCUACACCCAACCCUUACCCUAAUCCGGGUUCGUAUCCUCCCCCUCCCCUCCCAUUACUGACUAUUGGCAUCUACAAACAGUUCUUUACACUUUUACUGUUCUAAACUCUACUACUAUUUUAACUAUUCUCCCACUAACUACUUUUAACUCAUCUCGUUGGCACUCUUCUUUCCUUUAUUAACAAAAGUAAAUAAAUAUGUAAAUAAAAUAAAACUUAUUGAAUUUUAGGUAUUACUUUAAAUAUACGUACAUUCAGUGGCCAGUUUUUAGGUACACCACCCCAUUCAUGAAAAUGGUUCACUCCUACAGACAGUGAGUCACGUUGCUGUGGCUUGCUAUAUAAAGCAGGCAGACAGGCAUCGAGGCAUUCAGUUACUGUUCGAUUAAACGUUGGAAUGGGCAAAACAAGUGACCUACGCGACAUUGAACGUGGUAUGAACGUGGUAUGGUAUGUCUCCCGAGUGGCGCAGUGGUCUAAGGCACUGCAUCACAGUGCUAGCUGUGCCACUAGAGAUCCUGGUUCGAAUCCAGGCUCUGUCGUAGCCGGCCGUGACCGGGAGACCCAUGGGACGGCGUACAAUUGGCCCAGCGUCGUCCAGGGUAGGGGAGGGAAUGGCCGGCAGGGAUGUAGCUCAGAUUGUGGGUUCGAUUCCCACGGGGAGCCAGUAUGAAAAAUAAAAAAUAAUAAAUAACUGUAAGUCGCUCUGGAUAAGAGCGUCUGCUAAAUGACUAAAAAUGUAUGAUCGUUGGUGCCAGGCGUGCCGGUUCCAGUAUCUAAGAUUCAGCCAGCUUCCUGGGCUUUUCACACACGACAGUGUCUAUGGUUUACCGAGAAUGGUCCAACAAGCCAAAAACAUCCAGACAGCGGCAGUCCUGUGGGCGAAAACAACUUGUGGAUGAGAGGUCGAAAGAGAAUGGCAAGAAUCGUGCAAGCUAACAGGCGGGUCACAAACAGGCAAAUAACGACGCAGUACAACAGUGGUGUGCAGAACUGCAUCUCGGAAUGCACAACUCGUUGGUCCUUGUCACGGAUGGGCUAUUGUGGCAGACGACCACACCGGAUUUCACUUCCAUCAGCUAAAAACAAGAAGAAUUGGCUCCAGUGGACAUGCGAUCACCAACACUGGACAACUGUAGAGUGGAAAACAUUGCCUUGUUCGACGAAUCCUGGUUCCUGUUGCGUCAUGCUGAUGGCAGAAUCAGGAUUUGGAGUAAGCAGUAUGAGUCCAUGGCCCCAUCUUGCCUAGUGUCAACAGUACAGGCUGGUGGUGUUAUGGGGUGGGGAAUGUUUUCCUGGCACAUGUUAGGUCCCUUGAUACCAAUUGAGUAAUGUUUCCAUGCCCCGAAGAAUUCAGGCUGUUCUGGAAACAAAGGGGGUCCGACCCAGUACUAGAUGGGUGUACCUAAUAAACAGACCACCUAAUAAACUCCCCCCUGCCUGCCUUGCCUCCUCCUCUCAUCCCAUGAGAUGACAUCGAUAGAAAAUAGUAGAAUGUCUGAACUAUCCAAUCAGGCUCCAGUCCUACCUACCUACCUACAGUUUAUAGAAAAGAGCAGAAGCUCUGAACUAUCCGUUCAAAUUUGCUCUUUUAGUAUUUGUCCAGUAGGUUUCCUCAAGGAGAAAGCCCCCACUUCUAUGUCAAAGAUAAUAAAACAAAAACGCUGUAGUAAAUACACAGUAAUGUCCUCAAAAACACUACAGUUAUUACUACAGUAUACUACAAUCAUGUCCGCAAAAACACUACAGUAAAUACUACAGUAUACUACAAUCAUGUCCUCAAAAACACUACAGUAAUUACUACAGGAUACUACAGCCAUAUCCGCAAAAACACUACAGUAUGCAUUACAGUAAAGUCCACAAAAAUACUACAGUGAAUAAUAUAGUAUAUAAAUAUAGUAAUACUACAGUAUUUAUACCAUAGUAUACAAUAGUAUUUUUUCAUGUGGGUAUCCUCUAAUCCCCCGUAUUUUUCUCCCAGGAGACUCCAAACACAACCUCACUGAUAAUGGCUAUUGCUGCUGCCUAUGCUUCUUACACAAGGUCACACACAGUGCUUUUGCUUGGCUUGUCAACACCUCCCAAAAGCCAUUCACUGAUUGUAAAACCAAUGUCCAUAGCUUGCAAACCUGCGCUUACCCAAGCUUGCUGAAAUUAUACUCACAGGUCUUUCUUGGGACUAGAGGUCUUUCUUGGGACAUUCCUGUGGUUAUUGCACAUCCUGAUAAACCCCUUCCCUAAUCCUCCUACUUUUAGGGGGGAGGGGGCUAUAGAGAUGCAUAUAUAAAAUUGUAUACACAAUUUUACCAUAUUUGAUUAGUCUCUAAAAAUAAUGUUUUCCCUGACCAAGAUGGCUGUCCUGUAGACAUGUUGGAUGGAUGCCAAUGUCCAUUCUUGUGUUGUAUUUAUUUCUGUGAGGGGCGGCAUGUUUUAAACAUUGUGUUUGACCUCGAACCUCCCCUGCAGAGGGGAUUCUUGGGGCCCCAGGUGGGUAUGGUCCUGGGGACAUGGCUGCCCUGGGUGCUAGCAUGGCUGUGUUACUGGUCAUCUCUAUGGUCUUCAUCGGCCUGCUCGUCUUCCGCAUCCAGAAGGGCAAGACAGAUUGGAGGAAGCUGUCAGAGGCCAGCAUCUUCCGUAGCUCUGUGAGUUAAUUCUACACUGCUAGAAAAAAUAGCAGUUCAAAGCUUUUAAAAGCUACACUUUUAGAAAAGAAGGUGCUAUCUUGAACCUAAAAGGGUUAUUCGACUGUCCCCAUAGGAGAACCCUUUGAAAAACCGUUUUGGGUCCAGGUAGAACCCUUUCCACAGAGGUUUCUACAUGGAACCUAAAAGGGUUAUAUCUGGAAACAAAAAGGGUUCUCCUAUGGGAACAGCUGAAAAACCCUUUUGAAGUGUAGUAAUCGAUUGGAGUGGCAAAAAAAUUAUAUUAGUGUUAAAGAUUUUUGCUCUGCCUCCCUAAAUACAGUCUGUUCUGACUGGUGCAUUGCUUGUCUACAGCUUGGGAAAGGUCCCGGCGAGCUCAAGGACGGGGUGCAGUACACCAAUGAGGGCUUCCAGAAUGACGGGGACACCAGCAGCGUGGGCUCCAAAGGCCCAGAGGAGAUGGAUGGGAAGUGGGCCAUCGGGAAUGGAGUGACCUCCAGAGCUGUGGAGGAGACUGUCAUAAAGGUCUCGGCUCCAAUGUACCCCAACCUCCUGCCUGAUACCAGCAGCCUGGCAGGGUCUGACAAGGCCGACAGCGAGAAGGAGGUGAAGCCCAUCCUGACCAAGGAGAGGCGCAUGGAGGAGGGCUACAAGUCAGUCUGGUUCAAAGAGGACAUCGACCCAAACGCCAAGGAGGAAGUGGUCAUCAUACCCGACAAUGGGGAGCGGGAAGGUGACGACGAUGAUGAUGAUGAUGAGGAAGAGGAGGUGUCUAGAGAGGAGGAAGAAGAAUAUGACAACUCGUCACCACAGACCCCAAAGGUGUUCUUCUCUGAUGCUGAUCUGGAUGAUGGACGAGGGGCGAGGUUUGAGGAUGAAAAAAUCCAGACGUCUGACCUGUGAGGAGUAGAGGGGUAGGCCUGCAGUGGAUUUAGCUUGCCUUGUCUGGUUGGGCGGGUGGGGUUUUCAUUUUUUUGCGGGGACUAUCUUACUCUUUCAGUUGUGCCGAGUAAGCUAAAUCUUACACACCUGGGGCCUCAUUUCCACACUAAAUAUCUGCGUGCGCCAUUUCUGAAAAGAAUACGUACGUCUAAAAAUAUUGAGAUUUAUAAACUUGGCGCAUUCCAUACAUACGCAUUUUUGCCGCUAUAAAUCAGACCUGUCGUAAAACUGUGCACACAUGAACAAGCAUUAUAACUCUGUCAGAAAAUGUCCCUCCAUUCACCUUUCAUGGUGACAAUAACGCCUUUUAUUUUCUGUAUCAUUUGGAACUAUUGGAAUUAGGCCACGUAGGUUUCUGAAAGAAAGAGCAAUGGCAAAUUUGAUCACAUUUCUGUAGAGGUGUGGGCAGAAUGUUUUAGUCUUUUAAAGUGACUUUUUCAAACAGAACAUGCAUGCUGCCUAUGCCAAACACUUGAUUGAUUGUAAUUUAUAUUCGGAACAAUUUUACUUUGACAGUAUGGGUAUAGGCUACCGUAUUGCUGUGCGAUGGGAGCGUGACAUCAUAGCCUAUUGAAUCUCAGAGCCUAUACCAAGGCAGGAGAUAGAAACACAAUAAUCUAUUGAUAAACAAAAUAUUGAACAACAAUUAGUAUUUUGCAUAGAACUGUGGGCUGUAUCAUUUUACUUAUAAACUACUGGACUAUUUACUGUGGAAUAGAUUCCUAUGAAUAAAACACAGAUUUUCACUCUUGUCACUAACAGCAAAUGGCUGCAUCUUGUUAUUAUCUUUUUAUGAAUAAACGUGUCAUAAUAGCCCCCAUUUGCACAAAAUACUUUGCCGCGCUCACGUGCUAGUCAGAACUAGGAAACUCUAGUGCACACAUGUUUUGGGGUAUAUUUUGUACGUACGCAACAUUUAUAAACGAGGCACCUGAAGUACUGCAUGUGAAAGAAAGAAAUGCUAUUUUCUGCAUUAGGAUCCCACCUGUCUGAAGCAUCACAUUAACUUUUUACUGCAUUGGGCUAAAUCAGGGUCAUACAGAGUGUUUCUUGGUAGUCUUAAACAAAUCUACUUUGAAACAAAAGUGUACACCUCACACACAUGGUUAUGGACUGAAGAAAACAAGACACCUGUACCAUGUCAGAUAUACAGAUGAAAUGUAUUCAAUGUUGAGUUUGCAUCCCAAUAUUACACUUUAUAUACAUCACAGAAGAUUGAAAUAUAACAAAACCGUUUGACAUAGAAACACUGGAUUUUCAGCAGGUUUUUUAUGAAACAAAUGAAUAACAUUCCACCCAUGAUGCCGUUAGAGGGCGAUUUGGUCAUUUGACCACAGGAAUGGGGUUUAAGACUACUAUUUUAUUGGACAACAUGCUAGAACCUCUGCUGCUUUCUCAUCAAUCCUGGAAACAUUACAGUAGAAGCCAUUAUCAAUCAUGUGGAGCUUUGACCCUGGCACACAUCGGAGUCAUACUUCCUUGUUGCUUACCGAAACUCUGCCGUUCACUAAUCAGUAACUCACUUUAUUGCUUAAUACAGUACUAUUAGACAAUGUGUUAUCAUACACAAAAACAAACAGAAAAAAAUAACAUUAAGUGCAAUACUUACUAAUUUCGUUUUGCCAUUGUUCGGGUAAGAUCAUUCAUGGUUUGAACUUAAGGUUGAACUUUUUUGUAUCUUUGUAAAUAAUGGAUGUUAAAAAUAAAAUAAUUUAUGUAAUAAUAAAGAACUCAAGUAUGAUUUGACAAACCAAAUAUCGAAUGAUCAUGUCUCACAUGUCUCACAUGAGUUUGAUAAUACAGACACCUGAAUGUAAAAAUGUGGCAGGACAGAUACUGAUAGCAACAAGUCCUCCAUUGUUUGUUGCUUGUUUAUGAUAAGGCCCUCGUUACCAGCAGGCAGGGGCUGUAAAGAGCAAUAGACUGACGCAAACAAGUGCACUUUGUACCCUAAUUAAAUAAUAAUCCAUGUACAAUAAUCAUAGAUGUUCUAUAUUUGUGAGAAUGACUAACCCAUGACAUACAGUGAGGGAAAAAAGUAUUUGAUCCCCUGCUGAUUUUGUAUGUUUGCCCACUGACAAAGACAUGAUCAGUCUAUAAUUUUUUUUAAUGGUAGGUUUAUUUGAACAGUGAGAGACAGAAUAACAAAAAAAAAAUCCUGAAAAACGCAUGUCAAAAAUGUUAUAAAUUGAUUUGCAUUUUAAUGAGGGAAAUAAGUAUUUGACCUCUCUGCAAAAUAUGACUUAGUACUUGGUGGCAAAACCCUUGUUGGCAAUCACAGAGGUCAGACGUUUCUUGUAGUUGGCCACCAGGUUUGCACACAUCUCAGGAGGGAUUUUGUCCCACUCCUCUUUGCAGAUCUUCUCCAAGUCAUUAAGGUUUCAAGGCUGACCUUUGGCAACUCGAACCCUCAGCUCCCUCCACAGAUGUUCUAUGGGAUUAAGGUCUGGAGACUGGCUAGGCAUCUAGGACCUUAAUGUGCUUCUUCUUGAGCCACUCCUUUGUUGCCUUGGCCGUGUGUUUUGGGUCAUUGUGAUGCUGGAAUACCCAUCCACGACCCAUUUUCAAUGCCCUGGCUGAGGGAAGGAGGUUCUCACCCAAGAUUUGACGGUAAAUGGCGCCGUCCAUCGUCCCUUUGAUGCGGUGAAGUUGUCCUGUCCCCUUAACAGAAAAACACCCCCAAAGCAUAAUGUUUCCACCUCCAUGUUUGACGGUGGGGAUGGUGUUCUUGGGGUCAUAGGCAGCAUUCCUCCUCCUCCAAACACGGCGAGUUGAGUUGAUGCCAAAGAGCUCGAUUUUGGUCUCAUCUGACCACAACACUUUCACCCAGUUCUCCUCUGAAUCAUUCAGAUGUUCAUUGGCAAGCUUCAGACGGGCCUGUAUAUGUGCUUUCUUGAGCAGGGGGACCUUGCGGGCGCUGCAGGAUUUCAGUCCUUCAAGGCGUAGUGUGUUACCAAUUGUUUUCUUGGUGACUAUGGUCCCAGCUGCCUUGAGAUCAUUGACAAGAUCCUCCCAUGUAGUUCUGGGCUGAUUCUUCACCGUUCUCAUGAUCAUUGCAAUUCCACGAGGUGAGAUCUUGCAUGGAGCCCCAGGCCGAGGGACAUUGACAGUUAUUUUGUGUUUUUUCCAUUUGCGAAUAAUCGCACCAACUGUUGUCACCUUCUCACCAAGCUGCUUGGUGAUGGUCUUGUAGCCCAUUCCAGCCUUGUGUAGGUCUACAAUCUUGUCCCUGACAUCCUUGGAGAGCUCUUUGGUCUUGGCCAUGGUGGAGAGUUUGGAAUCUGAUUGAUUGAUUGCUUCUGUGGACAGGUGUCUUUUAUACAGGUAACAAACUGAGAUUAGGAGCACUUCCUUUAAGAGUGUGCUCCUAAUCUCAGCUCGUUACCUGUAUAAAAGACACCUGGGAGCCAGAAAUCUUUCUGAUUGAGAGGGGGUCAAAUACUUAUUUCCCUCAUUAAAAUGCAAAUCAAUUUAUAAAAAUGUUGACAUACGUUUUUCUGGAUUUUGUUGUUGUUAUUCUGUCACUCACUGUUCAAAUGAACCUACCAUUAAAAUUAUAGACUUUAUAGACAUUUCUUUGUCAGUGGGCAAACGUACAAAAUCAGCAGGGGAUCAAAUACUUUUUUCCCUCACUGUACCAGGGGGAGAACAAGUCCACUUCUCAAACCAACCCAUUGCAGGGACUGAAUACAUUUUUUAAAUGUUAUUUGUCACUGCAGUAAUUGUGUCGGAUUGCCAUAACAAUGUUGUGUCUAAUGACCCAACACUCAUUCAUAUAUCAGUAAUAUCACUAUUAUCUUAAUACCUAAUGUCAAAUUCCAAAUCUGAAUUCCAAAGUUUAAUAAUACACAUGUAUAAAUGUACCCAGGAAGAAAAGCAUGUAGAGGGCACGCUGGGCUAAUGAGAGUCCAUAUAGAUGGGGAUGUGCUGAAGUGAUUCAAGGUCAAAGGAAACCACAUUCAUUUCCUCAUGGCAACAGCAAAACCAUAACAAAUCCUGAUAAACAUCGCCGUUGGUGCAACAUCAUAACUACACCCAAUCAGCUGCAAUUACUCUGAAAGAACACCACGCACACACAAUGGCCAAAUAACUGGGAGUUAAGUAUUUAUUUGAUUCAUUCAUCUAUUUACACACAAAUAUGUAAAAUAGAGGUCAUGUUUAAAUAGGGAGAUUAACCAGGGAAAUUAACACAGGAAAAUGCACCCACUUACUCAUAAAACAAACUAAACUUUGAAUGCUGUGAAAAUUAUUUAUGAUACAAAUGUUACCAGUGUGAGAGAAGUUAAUUGUCUGCAUGCCUCAUUUUCAGGCCAAAUAUAAUUGUACAAAGUUUGUUAUUCUAAAAUAAGAAUUUUAAAUCUAUGAAAGCACAAUAAAUCUCAGCAGCUAAUUUAAGUGUUUUAGCAUUACUCUCUUUUUCAACAUUAUUUUCACUGGGCAGGGCUAUCUAGAGGGGUUGGGUUAAACGCGGAUGCAGAAGACAAAUUUCGGUUGAAUGUAUUCAGUUGUGCAACUGACUAGGUAUCCCCUUUCUCUUUCCCUUAUAUUGCUUUGGCAAAUCCCACCCUAUCGUUGUCCCGGUCAAAGACUGUGUAGUAAGCUCCAAUGAAGACAUCUCCCAGAGUCCAGCCAGGGAAGCCUGUGGCGAAAAAUCCUAAAAGGCAGACUUUCUUGCCCUUACUAGUCCACUGUUCAUGCACGUGCGCACGCCCGCACACACACACACACACACACACACACACACACACACACACACACAGUUAAGAAGGUAAGAAGGAGCACCAGUGACAUCUACUGAUAUGCUAACAAGGUUUCUAUUCUAUAAUGAUGCUAAAUUAUUCCACUUUAUAUUUCCAUAUGCCUUUUACUUUCCUAGACUCUGACUGUGCUAACAUUACAGUACCAUAUAGUGCAUUUCGUUUUCUCUACAAACUGCCUGAUAUACUAUACAGUGGGGGAAAAAAGUAUUUAGUCAGCCACCAAUUGUGCAAGUUCUCCCACUUAAAAAGAUGAGAGAGGCCUGUAAUUUUCAUCAUAGGUACACGUCAACUAUGACAGACAAAUUGAGAAAAAAAAAUCCAGAAAAUCACAUUGUAGGAUUUUUAAUGAAUUUAUUUGCAAAUUAUGGUGGAAAAUAAGUAUUUGGUCACCUACAAACAAGCAAGAUUUCUGGCUCUCACAGACCUGUAACUUCUUCUUUAAGAGGCUCCUCUGUCCUCCACUCGUUACCUGUAUUAAUGGCACCUGUUUGAACUUGUUAUCAGUAUAAAAGACACCUGUCCACAACCUCAAACAGUCACACUCCAAACUUUACAAUGGCCAAGACCAAAGAGCUGUCAAAGGACACCAAAAACAAAAUUGUAGACCUGCACCAGGCUGGGAAGACUGAAUCUGCAAUAGGUAAGCAGCUUGGUUUGAAGAAAUCAACUGUGGGAGCAAUUAUUAGGAAAUGGAAGACAUACAAGACCACUGAUAAUCUCCCUCGAUCUGGGGCUCCACGCAAGAUCUCACCCCGUGGGGUCAAAAUGAUCACAAGAACGGUGAGCAAAAAUCCCAGAACCACACGGGGGGACCUAGUGAAUGACCUGCAGAGAGCUGGGACCAAAGUAACAAAGCCAACCAUCAGUAACACACUACGCCGCCAGGGACUCAAAUCCUGCAGUGCGAGACGUGUCCCCCUGCUUAAGCCAGUACAUGUCCAGGCCCGUCUGAAGUGCAUUUGGAUGAUCCAGAAGAGGAUUGGGAGAAUGUCAUAUGGUCAGAUGAAACCAAAAUAUAACUUUUUGGUAAAAACUCAACUCGUCAUGUUUGGAGGACAAAGAAUGCUAAGUUGCAUCCAAAGAACACCAUACCUACUGUGAAGCAUGGGGUUGGAAACAUCAUGCUUUGGGGCUGUUUUUCUGCAAAGGGACCAGGACGACUGAUCCGUGUAAAGGAAAGAAUGAAUGGGGCCAUGUAUCGUGAGAUUUUGAGUGAAACCCUCCUUCCAUCAGCAAGGGCAUUGAAGAUGAAACGUGGCUGGGUCUUUCAGCAUGACAAUGAUCCCAAACACACCGCCAGGGCAACGAAGGAGUGGCUUCGUAAGAAGCAUUUCAAGGUCCUGGAGUGGCCUAGCCAGUCUCCAGAUCUCAACCCCAUAGAAAAUCUUUGGAGGGAGUUGAAAGUCUGUGUUGCCCAGCGACAGCCCCAAAACAUCACUGCUCUAGAGGAGAUCUGCAUGGAGGAAUGGGCCAAAAUACCAGCAACAGUGUGUGAAAACCUUGUGAAGACUUACAGAAAACGUUUGACCUGUGUCAUUGCCAACAAAGGGCAUAUAACAAAGUAUUGAGAAACUUUUGUUAUUGACCAAAUACUUAUUUUCCACCAUCAUAUGCCAAUAAAUUCAUUAAAAAUCCUACAAUGUGAUUUUCUGGAGAAAAAAAUUCUCAUUUUGUCUGUCAUAGUUGACGUGUACCUAUGAUGAAAAUUACAGGCCUCUCUCAUCUUUUUAAGUGGGAGAACUUGCACAAUUGGUGGCUGACUAAAUACUUUUUUCCCCACUGUAUAUACUGUACUUACCCUGAGAAUAUAAUGUUCUCCAGUCAGAGGGUAGACCUUUCCACUGACAGCGAAGGAGACGGUGGGGAGGGAGGACACUUUCUCACAGUCAACCGUGUACUGUGAAACAACAGGGAAAUGACAGCUAGCGUUUAACAACAGUCAGACUACCCUCUCACAGCUAACAUGCUUCAAUGUCAAUAGAAUCGCUAGAGAGUUGUGAAAUGGCUAUUCGAGGACCUAUUUAGCAUCAUGAUUACAAUUAUUUUUACUCCCUUGGGUUUGGUAGAUACCAGGACGAUAUACUCGUCGGUUGGUAUGCAUUUUCAAAAGGAUUAGGGAGAUAGAGAGAAGAGAUAGAGAGUAAUAGGAGAUUCUAGUCUCUGUCAUCUGUCAUGUUCUACCUUUCCACGGUUCCAGGACACAGCUCCGACAGCCUUCUGCAGAGCACUGAUCUCAUCAUAAGGACCUAGGAUCAGGGAGGUGCCAGUGUCCACUACGGCCUCACAGCCACCUUUACACAGCUUGACAUCCUCCCCAACGUUCAAACUGCCAAAGACACCCAAAUAUUUAGUUAGAGAAAUAUACUGAACAAAAUUAUUAACGCAACAAUUUCAACGAUUCAACGAGUUACAGUUCAGACAAGGAAAUCAGUCAAUUGAUAUAUAUUAAUUAGGCCUUAAUCUAUGGAUGUCACAUGACUGGGCAGGAGCCCAGCCAUGGGUGGGCCUGGGAGGGCAUAGGCCCACUCACUGGGGAGUCAGGCCCAGCCAAUCAGAAUACGUUUCUCCACACAAAAGGGCUUUAUUACAGACAGAAAUACUCCUCAGAUCCUCAGGGGAUCUUUUAUUUCAGCUCAUGAAACAUGGGACCAACACUUAACAUGUGUCCAAUCAAAAACGCAUCUUCUGACCAAUGGCUAAAAUAAUAUGUAAAUUGUGUAAAUAACUCUCUAACAAAACCAAUGGUCCAAACCUCAUAUCUCUAUCAUAAUCCGUUGAAUUUCUAUUGGAGUAAAAGCGGGGUCAAAAAUCGGGAAAUUAGCAUUGAGCGUACUGCAAGCUUUUUUAUUUUCAAAGCCUUUUAGUUUAUUUCAGCUCGUGCCAUGCUAAUUUAGCAGAAACAACUUGUACAUUCUCAAAAUGUAAAAUACUCAAAGGUUUCGGCGACAGAGCUCGGUGCAUUUUAUCGGAUGUAUGCAGUUCCGAAAUUGGACUUUUUGUAUAUAAUGUUAACGAUAUGUUAGAGAUAGAUCCCACUGAACGAUUCAGAACAUGAAGAAUCAUAUUUGUCUCUGUAAAAUGUAUUUUAUAACAUAAGGAAGUGAAAUGUCAUCACCAAUGCACGUUUUCACCCACUCUGGGCAGAGUGGGUGUACACCCUAAUGACUGUCCCAUGAAAAUCUAGCUUUUAAAAGUUAAUAUUCUGUUAACUCAUAGCCAGAUAAUGUUGUUGACUCAUCCUAUACUUGUAUUUGUGGCCAAAGCAUAAAUUGGAGAAAGAAAACACUUCAAAAACCCCACCUCAAACUUGUCUCUCAAACAGACCGUUUAAAAAAAUGCUUGCUAUUUCCUCAAAUGCUUGCUAUUUCCUCAUGGAGGAUGAGCUGGCCAAUCAGCGGACUACUCGCAUGAAUAUUUUUAAUGACCAUGUUACAAAUGAAUGGAGGCUUGUUGUGCAAUUAAACUGAACGUCACAGCGUAGCUUGGAAGAAACUGUAAGUAGUAUGUUGCCUUGCCGAGGAAUGAUGCCAGCUGUGCUGCGGACUGAGGCUCAGGUAAGGUGAGAAUAAUAAUAAUAAUAUGCCAUUUAGCAGACGCUUUUAUCCAAAGCGACUUACAGUCAUGCGUGCAUACAUUUUUGUGUAUGGGUGGUCCCGGGGAUCGAACCCACUACCUUGGCGUUACAAGCGCCAUGCUCUACCAGCUGAGCUACAGAGGACCACUAUGGGACAGGAUGGGGGUGAUGUAUCCAAGGAACUCAACGUCUGACACCCCGAACACACACUUUUCUGUGUUGAGUCUGGCCCCGAUCUCGAAGAGCUGACAAAACACCUGCUGCAAGUGAGAAUUGUGCUCUGUCUGUGAUGCACAGUGUACCACAAUGUCAUCCAAACAGAUUUACACUCCAGGGAUGCCUGCCAGGAGAAGAGUCAUAAUCUUCUGGAAUCAGCUGGGCGUGGAGCUGAGUCAGAAUGGCAUGCGUUUGUACCUGAACAGCCCCCUGUCAUGUGCCAGGGGAACCUGGAGGGAUCCCUGCCUCAGGUCUAAUUUACUGAAUAACGUGGACCCAUAAAAAUGGGUUGUGAGCUCCUCAGCGGUUGGUAGCGGGUCCUUGUCGGAGAUAAUCGCUUUGUUCACGGCCCUGAGGUCCAUGCAAAUUUGAAGAUCGCUAUUUUUCUUGAGUGCAAUGACCAGGUUUGAGACCCAUGGUGAGGUGUCAAGGAGGUUGUCAAGUCCGUUGUCAAUGGGCUUCCGAAGGGUCAGCGGAACCCUCCGCAAUGGCUAGAUUACUGGCUUGACCUCUUUGUUGACUGUAGGCCGAUGAGGUGAACUAGCACCUCAGAAAGUUGUGAGUACUCCGUAGGCACUGGUGUAGGAAAGUGCUGCACACGUGCACCAGUUGAAUCUGACAACUUGAACCCUAGGGCAUGAAAUAAGUCCAGUCUGAGGAUGUUAGCGCCAUCUGUUGCAACGUAGAACUGGGUGGCCGGUGUGGUUUUGUUGUUGUAACAGACUGACAGUGAGACAGUCCCAAUGAUUGAGAUCGGUGUGUGGUUGUAGCUGUAGAGGGAUACUGCUGGUCUCUGCAGUGGCACAUGUGAGAAGAAUGAGUCAUAAGUGGCUUUGUUCAAAAGUGACACUUUUUCUCCAGUGUCAAUCACCAGUGAGGUUUUAACACCCUCAAUGUAGCAGUCACAUUGCUUGGCCGCAACUGAGUCAUCAUGUACAGAGUUAAUGGAGACUGGUGAACUUUGACCUGCAUCUGCUCGAUGCUGUCCUGCCGCUGCUGAACGACAACAAUGGGCAAAAGGAUUGUAUUUGUUGCAGUUCUUGCAGCGUUGCCCUUUUGCUGGACAUGGAGAUGCUCUUGUAGCAUGCCCACUGGAGCCACAAUUAGAACAAUGAAGCCCCACAGUGGUUUCCUGCUCAUUUUGCACUGGUGCCUCAGCCAGUGUGUGAAGCCCCGCCCACUGAGAUGCGCUCUGUAGUUUAUGUAGGUCAGCGAGAGCAACUUCCAUUUGUUUUCCAGUGCUUUCUCCAGUGUCAGCUCUUCGGUCUCUAACAACAAUUUCUCCCUCAGUGGAGCACAUGACGAUUUUUCAAUGAACUGAUCACGUACAAAUUCGUUUUCGAGUGGUCCCACUAGCUCUCUCAAGGAGGAGACAAACUGUGCUACGGACUCACCCAGCAGUUGGGCUCAUUGUCUAAAGAGAAAACUAUGCAUGAUCACACUACGUGAGCCACUGUAGUGUUCCAAGAGAGCUUGGACCGCCGAUGUAAACUUGUUAUCUACUGGCUUUAGAGUGGAGAUGACAUAUUGUCCCUCAGCACCGAGACAGUGGAGUAGAAUCGCCCGUUUGUGCAGCUCCAUGCAGAUUGAUAACUACCAUAUACAUCUGGGCUCCCGAGUGGUGCAGCGGUCUAAGGCACUGCAUCUCAGUGCUUGAGGCGUCACUACAGACCCCCUGGUUCGAUUCCAGGCUGUAUCACAACCGGCCGUGAUUCGGGGUCCCAUAGGGCGGCGCCCAGUGUCGUCCGGGUUUGGCCGGUGUAGGCCGUCAUUGUAAAUAAGAAUUUGUUCUUAACUGACUUGCCUAGUUAAAUUUAAAAAAAAAGGAUUGAAACCAGCGAUUCCAUGGAACAGGUGGAUCUCCCAAGACCGAUGGAGAUUGUGGAGGUAAGCUAAACUCGGCCAUCCUCCUCGCCAAAUGCACUGAGGCUUUUUGUGCAAUUAAACUGAACAUCUUUACUUCAGAUCAACAUGUUAACAUCUCGUACAAACUCACCUAUCCAAACCUCACACCUCUGUGCAUGGACAAUAUGACUGAUACAUUCUUAAAGCAACAGUAUUCAAUACUCAACUGAGCUACGACACCAUAUUACUGAACACAACAGACCGGUAUACACCAACACCAUUCUGUUGUUGGGAUAUGCCGAUACCCUUCCAAAACAGAAAAGUUUAUUUUAAAUAUACUUAAUUACAAUUUUUGGGGACAAAAAUGUUUUCACACAUAUUGUAAUUAAUUAUAGGUCAUAUUUCAUAGAAAUCUGGAAACACUGGACAGUUACUUUAAAAUAAAAAAAAACACUGGCUAGCAGCACUAACCCGUCCAUGUGGAUGUUCCAGAGGUCCUUUGUGGUGACGUUGACAUAGUGGAAGUCCCCAGUGUAGUAUGCAGGGUCAGUCCCUCCCAGCACUAGCUGUCCCCCUGGCUGGUUGGAGGAGAUCCUGUCACAGAACAGUAGUGCCCAUCAGAAGACAGCAUCUACAGUACAUUUCCAGUGGUACAAGUAGAUUUCUAAAACUGCCAUGUUAACUUACAGUUAUUCUGCUCAAUGGGACUUUCUGGAUAAAUAGGUAUAAAAUACAAUAAUGAUCUGUGUUCCACUUCACUAUCGCCACUCACCUGUGGUUGAGGUAGAAGGAGAAAACAUUCUCCGCCAACAACUUCUCUCUCAUUAUGUUGUCAAAGACAGGGCUCAUGGCAUCAUCCGUUGGGUAAGACAUACCCAGAACUCCAUCGAACCUAGCACCAACGAAGUUCGCUCCAUAUAUCUUGACGGCCUCACCAAACACCUGAUCUUUUACGGAUACACUUCCAAUCUGACAGAAGAGCAAAGAAGACGAUUUAAAACUAUAUCAUCUGUCAGUGACAACAGUUCAUUUCUCCUCCUUUCCAAACUUACUGUGCAUGUAUCCUGGCUGAGAUACCCGGUUACACUUCCCAGUCCAUAAUGCAUUGAAAAGUAUUUUCCACCCUUGACAUAUGUGCUGGACUUGGUAUCAUUGUAUUUCCUGUGAAUCACUGCAAUACAACGUUAAACAGACGGUGCCUUGCAAAAGUAUUCAUCCCCCUUGCCGUUUUUCCUAUUUUGUUGCAUUACAACCUGUAAUUUAAAUGGAUUUUUAUUUGGAUUUCAUGUAAUGGACAUACACAAAAUAGUCCAAAUUGGUGAAGUGGAAUGAAAAAAAUAACUUGUUUCAAAGAAAUUCUAUAAAAUAAGUAAUGGCAAAGUGGUGCGUGCAUAUGUAUUCACCCCCUUUGCUAUGAAGCCCCUAAAUAAGAUCUGGUGCAACCAAUUACCUUCAGAAGUCACAUAAUUAGUUAAAUAAAGUCCACCUAUGUGCAAUCUAAGUGUCACAUGAUCUGUCACAUGAUCUCAGUAUAUAUACACCUGUUCUGAAAGGCCCCAGAGUCUGCAACACCACUAAGCAAGGGGAACCACCAAGCAAGCGGCUCUCCAAACAGUUCAGGGACAAAGUUGUCAUUAAUCAGAGAGGCAACAAAGAGACCAAAGAUAACACUGAAGGAGCUACAAAGCUCCACAGUGGAGAUUGGAGUAUAUGUCCAUAGGACCACUUUAAGUUGUACACUCCACAGAGCUGGGCUUUACGGAAGAGUGGUUAGAAAAAAGCCAUUGCUUAAAGAAAAAAAUAAGCAAACAUGUUUGGUGUUCGCCAAAAGGCAUGUGGGAGACUCCCAAACAUAUGGAAGAAGGUACUCUGGUCAGAUGAGACUAAAAUUGAGCUUUUUGACCAUCAAGGAAAAUGCUAUGUCUGGCGCAAACCCAACACCUCUCAUCACCCCGAGAACAACAUCCCCACAGUGAAUCAUGGUGGUGGCAGCAUCAUGCUGUGGGGAUGUUUUUCAUUGGCAGGGACUGGGAAACUGGUCAGAAUUGAAGGAAUGAUGGAUGACGCUAAAUACAGGGAAAUUCUUGAGGGAAACCUGUUUCAGUCUUCCAGAGAUUUGAAACUGGGACGGAGGUUCACCUUCCAGCAGUACAAUGACCCUAAGCAUACUGCUUAAGCAACACUUGAGUGGUUUAAGGGGAAACAUUUAAAUGUCUUGGAAUGGCCUAGUCAAAGCCCAGACCUCAAUGCAAUUGAGAAUCUGUGGUAUGACUUAAAGAUUGCUGUACACCAGCGGAACCCAUCCAACUUCAAGGAGCUGGAGCAGUUUUGCCUUGAAGAAUGGGCAAAUAUCCCAGUGGCUAGAUGUGCCAAGCUUAUAGAGACAUACCCCAAGAGACUUGCAGCUGUAAUUGCUGCAAUAGGUGGCUCUACAAAGUAUUGACUUUGGGGGGGUGAAUAGUUAUGCACGCUCAAGUUUUCUGUUUUUUUGUCUUAUUUCUUGUUUGUUUCACAAUAAAACAUAUUUUGCAUCUUCAAAGUGGUAGGCAUGUUGUGUAAAUCAAAUGAUACAAACCCCCAAAAAAUCAAUUUUAAUUCCAGGUUGUAAGGCAACAAAAUAGGAAAAAUGCCAAGGGGGGUGAAUACUUUCGCAAGCCACUGUACAUCAUCAGUUUGAAAUUGUAUUUUCUGAACAAACAACUAGCUAAGACAUUAAGUCACAAUUCACAAUGUUUAUUCCUAAUAUUGACAUAAAUGUCACUCAGACAUUAAAUCGCCCUUGGGUUUGGUCUCUCUUUCUUUUUAAACCUUAUAUCCAUUUACUCCAAAUAUACACUGAGUGUGCAAAACAUUAGAAACACCUUCCUAAUAUUGAGUUGCACCCCCUUUUGCCCUCAGAACAGCCUCAAUUCAUCGGGGCAUGGACUCUAGAAGGUGUCGAAAGCGUUCCCCAGGGAUGCUGGCCCAUGUUGACUCCAAUGCCCACAGUUGUGUCAAGUUGGCUGGAUGUCCUUUGGGUGGUGGACCAUUCUUGAUACAUACAGGAAAUGUUGAGUGUGAAAAACCCAGCAGCGUUGCAGUUAUUGACACACUCAAACCGGUGCGCCUGGCACCUACUACCAUGACCCGUUCAAAGGCACUUAAAUAUUUUGUCUUGCCCAUUCACCCUCUGAAUAGCACACAUACACAACCCAUAUUUGAAUUGUCUCAAUGCUUAAAAAUCCUUCUUUACCUUGUCUCCUCCCCUUCAUCUAGACUGACUGAAGUGGACUUAAUAGGUGACAUCAAUAAGGGAUCAUAGCUUUCACCUGGAUUUACCUGGUCAGUCUAUGUCAUGGAAAUAGCAGUGUUCUUAAUUUUUUGUACACUCAGUGUAUAUUUCCAUAUGCCUUUUACUUUCCUAGACUCUGACUGUGCUAACAUUAAAUUGCAGUAUCAUAUAAUAUACAUGAUAUUCCUAGAGUAAAAAAGAAUUGUACAUUCAGUGUAUAUGCUACAGGGAAUAGUCUGAGAAAAUGCUACCCAUGUGCACAAUGCAUGAUGAGACUUACAGCAUGUGAUGUCAGCGACGGAGCACUUGGAAGAGGGCACCCAGAGAUCGUUGGAUCCAGUGUCAAAGGUCACCCUGAACAUUUGAGGUGGGGUUCCUAGACUAAUCUCUCCAUAGAACUGAGCCUGGAGACACAAUCACAUCAACGAUGAAGAAGAUAUAUCAAAACCAAUGCACAAUGAUUAAUGCAUAAUGGGCGAAGUAUGACUUGAGUUACUGUGCAUAAGGCCCCUUACUGUGCAAAUGAAAUAGGACUUUUAUAUGACUUAUACUGUGCAUAAGGCGGGCAGACCCUUACAUCAACAUAGUUCCUCAGAGCCACUUUGCUGGGCCCACUGGCGUCAUCGUCGUCAAAGGUGUC